UGAACCAGAGCGCCAACUCGCGAAGCGCAAGAAGGACUCUAACGCCUCACUCAUUUUCAAGAUAUUUUCUCCAUUUCUGAAUUUAAAGCAUAAUUCUCUCUCCACUACCUCUUGGCUUCAAGGGAACCUCUGAAAGCUUGUUCCAGCCUUUAUAGAUAGAAUCAUAGUUCCGUUGUUCAUCGCCGAGAAGAGCUUGCCGUCGCCGUCUUCCUUCAGGGAACAGAGUAGCAAUGGCUUCUUAUUGCUGUAAUUCUUUUCCAGCUAGAUCUCAUUUCAUUUCAUCAGACUUCCUCAGGCAGUUAAAAACUCCACAGCUUCUCCACAGGGCCAAAAGAAGGUUUGAUGUUUCUCCAAGAUCUUCAAAAGUUACUGCAUUUUAUGGCUUGAAGACCCCUCCCUAUAAACUUGAUGCAUUAGAGCCGUAUAUGAGCAAGAGGACAAUUGACGUACAUUGGGGGGAACUUCAUCGGAACUUUGUGGAAGGUUUAAACAAGCAGUUGGAGAAGGAUGACGUACUAUAUGGCUACACCAUGGAUGAGCUAGUCAAAGAAACAUACAAUAAUGGGAAUCCCUUACCAGAAUUCAACAAUGCAGCCGAGGUUUGGAAUCAUGACUUCUUUUGGGAAUCUAUGCAACCAGGAGGGGGUGAGAUGCCCAAACUAGGUCUCCUUCAACAGAUUGAAAAGGAUUUUGGUUCGUUUACAAAUUUUAGAGAGAAGUUUAUUGAAGCUGCCCUCACAUUGUUUGGCUCUGGCUGGGUUUGGCUUGUUUUGACCAGAGAAGAGAGACGACUUCAAAUACUAAAAACAUCUAACGCCAUUUGCCCAGUUGUGUGGGAUGACAUACCGAUAAUCAAUUUGGAUAUGUGGGAGCAUGCGUAUUAUUUGGAUUACAAGAAUGACAGAGCAAAGUAUGUGAAUGUCUUCAUGGAUCACCUCGUCUCUUGGGAUGCUGCAAUGGGGCGCUUAGCGCGAGCUGAGGCUUUUGUGAACUUGGGAGAACCUAAAAUUCCCGUAGCUUGAAAUGCUGUAGGUAGUGGUUGAUUUGAGCAUGUUCGGUAGGGUGUUGAUUUUGAAAUGAAGGGCUUAUUAGAGUUUGGACAGGUUUUGGUCAUUAUUUCAGUAGAAAACAUGCUUGUAGAGUUGUAGAGCCGCCCAUAUGCUUCUUUUGUUUGUCCAUUUUUGCUAUAUUUAAUGUAGGAUUGCAGACAAGUAGGCACUGGGGAGAUUUUGAGCAUAGAAGCAGGAAGCAAGUAGUUCAGACCUUAACCGGGAGAGAGAAGGAUUUUGUAAGUGUAAUAUAUUGGAUUGUAUUUAACCUAUGAAACUAUGCCAUUCUGUUUGUUGUUC